UCUCCCCUCCCUCUGCACUGCACAAACACAGAAACACCACUCUCUCUCAUCUCAUCUCAUCUCAUCUCAUCCUCACACAAUCUGGGCUCAUUAAACGAGGAACAAAUCUCACAUAUCGUCUUUCCCUUUUCCACCCUUUUUUCUCAACUUCCUUUUUACAAUUACAAAACCAUGGCUUCUUCUCCUCUCUAGAGCUUCUCUCUCCAUCAACAAUGGCCUGCAUGAAUUCCUUCCCAAUAAUCCUACUUGCUUCUGCUUUUCUCCUCAUCUUCAUUGCUCAUGGUAGGCAAUUCCCCAAUGCUGACAUGGUGAAAAAUGAAGAAAUUGGUGCAAGAAUGAUGAGGGGAGUGAUAGGAUCAAGGCCACCAAAAUGUGAAAACAGAUGUAGGAAUUGUGGGAAGUGUGAGGCAGUGCAAGUUCCAAUUGCACCAGCUAAGAAAUUCUUGGAUUCACAAAUAUAUGGGAAAAUUGCAGCAAAUACAGUUGAAUAUUCAAGAGGGGAUGGUGUCUCAGGGUACAAGCCAAUGUGUUGGAAGUGUAAAUGUGGGAAUUUCAUCUUUAACCCAUAGGUUUUUUUCCCAAACUACCACAUUAAUUAUUGAUUUUUUUUGCCAUGAUAAUUUCUUUUUUUUGCAACCUGUGAAGUGUAAUGAAUCCUUGUGUGUACAGAGGGAAUGUUGCGUUGUGCUUGGUUAUGAAAUGUGAUGACUGUUUUUUUGCCA